AUGCGAGGACGGGCUUUUACAGACGAGGCUGUCGCAGAUGAAGCUGUCACUGAGGCUGUCGCAGAUGAAGCUGUCACUGAGGCUGCCACAGACGAAGCUGUCACUGAGGCUGACACAGACGAAGCUGUCACUGAGGCUGCCACAGACGAAGCUGUCACUGAGGCUGCCACAGACGAAGCUGUCACUGAGGCUACCACAGACGAAGCUGUCACUGAGGCUGACACAGACGAAGCUGUCACUGAGGCUGUCGCAGACGAAGCUGUCACUGAGGCUGUCGCAGACGAAGCUGUCACUGAGGCUACCACAGACGAAGCUGUCACUGAGGCUGUCGCAGACGAAGCUGUCACUGAGGCUGUCGCAGACGAAGCUGUCACUGAGGCUGCCACAGACGAAGCUGUCACUCAGGCUGCCACAGACGAAGCUGUCACUUAG